AUGAAGCUGUUGAUUUUUGCCGCGGCUGUGGUGACAGUGGUGAGUGCUGCCAGCCUCUCGUUGGAGGAUCUGGAGUUUCAUGCCUGGAAGAUGAAGUUUGGGAAAAUCUACAGGUCUUCGGAGGAGGAGGCCCAGCGAAAACUCACCUGGCUCUCAAACCGGCGUCAGGUUCUGGUCCAUAACAUGCUGGCAGACCAGGGCAUCAAGAGCUACCGUCUGGGCAUGACCUACUUUGCUGACAUGGACAACCAGGAGUACAGAGAGACAGUCUCCAAGGGAUGCUUGCUGCCCUUCAACAGAACUAAAUCCCGCAGUGCCGUCACAUUCCUCCGCCAGGCAGGGGGAGCUCAGCUGCCCAAAGAUGUGGACUGGAGGGACAAAGGCUUCGUAACUAGUGUCAAAGAUCAGAAAGACUGCGGAUCCUGUUGGGCCUUCAGUGCGACGGGAGCUUUGGAAGGUCAGACAUUCAGGAAAACUGGGAAGCUGGUGUCUCUGAGCGAGCAGCAGCUGGUGGAUUGCUCUGGAGAUUAUGGGAACAUGGGAUGCGGCGGUGGCUGGAUGGAUGAUGCCUUUAAGUAUGUCAAAGAUAACGGAGGCUUAGACACGGAGGAUUCCUAUCCCUAUGAAGCCCAGGAUGGGGAGUGCCGCUAUGACCCAAGUCAUAUUGGAGCCACCUGCACAGGUUAUGUGGAUAUCACCAGAGGUGAUGAGAGUGCCCUGCAGGAGGCUGUGGCCAAUAUUGGACCUGUUUCAGUGGCUAUUGAUGCUGGCCACGCUUCCUUCCAGCUCUAUGAAUCAGGUAUCUAUGAUGAGCCAGAUUGCAGCAGCAGUGAACUUGACCAUGGUGUGCUGGCUGUGGGAUACAGCAGUGAGGAUGGAAAGGACUACUGGCUGGUGAAGAACAGUUGGGGCCUUGACUGGGGAGAGAGGGGAUACAUCAAGAUGAUCAGGAACAAACAUAAUCAGUGUGGCAUUGCUACAUCUGCCAGCUACCCUCUGGUUUAA